AUGGAUGGAAUCGGCAAGACAACUCUCGCCCAAAAGGUAUAUGGGGAUUCUUCCGUCCACCGCCAUUUUGAUUGCUUUGCCUGGGCUUCGGUGGGGAAGGACUUCCGCACCAGAAGAAUUCUUCUGCAACAUGUCUGCCGAGCCAGGGAUGACAUGGCCUCAUUUCCAGACUUGGACUUGGCUCAGAAGCUUUACGAGUUCCUGCAGUCCAAGAGAUUCUUGAUUGCUUUGGAUGAUGUAUGGUCUGCCGAUGCUUGGGAGUGCCCCCCGCGUUGCAUUUUCGUCUCGAGAACCAACCGCCAGCAGAGUGCUGCUCACCGCUCACCACUCGGAACGACGGAGUUGCGGAGAAGAUUUCUUCUUCAUCAGCCGAGAACUUUCUCGCCCUCAGCUUUCUUCUUCACGGUGGUUCCUUCCCCCUCACUCUCUAACUCUCAGCCGCCGUUUUUCUUUUUUUAG